AGCGGUCGAGGAUACAUUGGGAUUUGAUGGGUAAACUCCGAUCUAAUGUGCGCCUUUUAUGGUGCUUGUGAUUAAAAACGUUGACUGUAAAUGCAUAUAUGCCAGUCAUAUUGUAGAUGGCACUGGCGGUGCCGGUAUGCCACCGCGGAGUCCCGAAAAUCGGCUUGAAGCCACUGUUGCAGAAGGUGUUUCCCGCGAGAUCAUUUCGCGCGUACCUGGCUCACGCCGCUCGCGUCACACAUACACACAUACACACACAAGGAGAAGAAUCAAUAAUGGUCAAAAUAGGAUGAGCAGAUCGAUUCAACUUCACUUUUCAUCUCAAACCCAGUACACAUCCAGCUAACUAUACAUCGGCAUAUAUAUAGAUUGCCAAAAGAAAUGUACAUACAUAUAGUCCACACUCUGGCACUCACACAUAUACACGUUGCGAAUACUGGAAUCCCCAAGAGCAUGCGCGCCACACGGGCUGGAAAACGCUGGGCACGUAUAAGCAAACGGAAUCAAGAGGAGACAAGCCGUAACCAACAGGAUCAUUGGGAACCUCGAUAACUAGCGGCCCUGAUCACGGAGAGAGCGCGAGAGAGCGGCGACGCCAACGAUCCCAGCUUAGAGAUAUUACAUGUCCUGUAUAAGACACAUUUUCCGGUGAUCUUACAUACUGCAUAUUGAAUCUCAUAUGUACUGUUGUGUGUGAUGUGUUGUAUUUGCCAUAUUCGUGAAAUCUUGUGUCCUUGUCAUAGAAUUAAAUUGCUUAUUGAGAACGUUCUUCUAGUGUGACUGAACAUGACGAGUAAACUCUUCUAUUCAGCGGAGAUGUUAUUAAAGAAACGUGGAUAAACGCUCGUCGCUCCAGAGUAAUUCAGAUCAAUCAAGAUUUCUAUCUUGCAGCUCUUUUUCUCUGUAUGCCCCGAUAUAACCACAUUACGCACAGUGUACAGGUUAAUAAUUUUCUAUUGGGAUUCCGCGGCUCAUGCACUUUGUAUGUGUAACUGGCAUGGACGCAAACCCCUUUUGGCACCAUUAUCGCAUGGAGAAAUAAAACUAUUAACAGUUGAAUCCCCACGAUGUCAUGAUCCGUAAAGAUGACAAGUCCCAGUGUGAGCGUGUUUGCAUAGUGGGAAUCUGGAUAUUAAUGGUGAUUUCUUUUAUCUGUCUGCCCGCAUUUUCGGCCCUUAUAGUUCUCGCCUCUUCGGACGGCGUAUAACACCAACGUCAUAAUAUGCCGUAUAUCCUGCAAUUAUAGUUAUGGCGCAAGUUUGUGCAGCGGGUUUUCUGUGUUGUCUUUUGGCUGCGUGCAUCCACUGCAUCGGAUAGUUGUGCGCGGUAUAUGUCGUAUGUGUCACAGUGUGGACAACAUUUGGGACUGGUUACAGCGUUAAGCUCCUGUUAUUAUUUUUGGUGAUCUUUUUUCCUGGCACAACUCUUCGGGGUCUCUCUAGCCGCUCUUGUAUCGCAUAUAUCCCCAGCCCGCCCACACCUCUUCUGGCGUGCAGCUUCUCAUCCGUGAUUUUCACCCAUCGCCAUCAGAAACAGCAGAUGUUGAUUUUUCUCGUGUGUAUGCUCGCACACACACAUACACACAUGCACUGCGCACUAUAUGAUUCUGUUGUACUGUAUACGUAUGUGUCGAAAAACCGGGAAGAGAAAUUGAUGUGAUUUUAAAUGUCGCAUUCAAUGAUUAUAUGAGCGGUCUCUACACACCGCGACCAAACAUGAGAGUCGUUCGGCACUUUGUCCAUUGAUUAUACUUAGUGUAUUAAACAUUAUGUAACCACCUUACCGUCAGCAGGAAAGCGGGUAUCAAAAGGAGUUCCAGGUUGAUAUUUCUUUCUCUGUGUGCAACAGCUCUCUAAUCAUCAUGCCACGGGAACGCGCUAGCUUUCGUCACCACUGACCUACCCGUAAAUCACUCCAAUCUGGGCCAGAAGCAGAAGACGUUAUGAAGCGGAAUAAAACCCAUUAUCAGGAUCCGUGUUUACAUAUGUUCUGUUUUCGGACUAGGUUAUUAUCAUCUUCUGUUGUGGUGUUGUACGGGAUAUUCGUAGCUACCGCGGUUGCCGUCGUGAGACUGACCGACGUGUAUGCCGGUUAAGAGACUAUUUGGCCCGAUCACAGCAGCAUCUAAUCAGCAUCUUCCUGCUGCCGUAAUCUACCCCCAGCGCACUGAAGAGCACAGCCCGGGAAGACGCGGUUAGUCUCUCUGGGCCCAAAGGAUGCCAGUACGACGAGGCCAUGUUGCUCCGAAAAACACUUUUAUUGAGACGAUUAUCCGGAAAUUCGAAAGCCAAAACCGCGUAUUCCUCAUAUGCAAUGCCACCAUACCACUACCGCGCAUCAUAUAUUCCAGCGACAGAUUUAAUGAGUUGUCCGGCUUCAGUCGCAGUGAAGUUAUGCAGAAUAACUGUACAAUUAAAUUUCUUCACGGGCCCAAAACUGACUUGCACAAAAUCCAGGAAAUUGAAAUUGGUGUACAGCAGGCUGAGGAGCUUCAAGUGGAAUUAUGGUUAUAUAAGAAAGAUGGCACAGAGUUCCUCUGCAAUGUGAUACUUGCGCCGGUCCGCAAUGAAACCUCCUCUGUGAUUAUGUACAUUUUGAAUUUUGAGGAUCUUACUGAUAAAGAAGAUGAGGAACGACAUAAUCACGUUGCAGUUCGGCCCCAAUUGAACUUACAACUACCGCGCUUUCGCCGCACCGGCUCCCGCCGCAGUAAAGCCGGCUCGCCUUCCCCGUCGGAUUUCGGCGGUAAUUACUCCAUCGCCUCAUCAGGCGACGUGCCUGUAUCUAUAACCAGCACGCAACGCGGCGCUCCGGCAUCGGCAGCUGGUGCAGCUGCUACUGCUGGCGAAGCCAUACCCAUGGAUACCUUCUCCGCAACAUUCAAUCCCAACAUGCUGAGUGUGUCCGCUCAACAGUUUCCGCCAGGAAGUCGACGUGCCUCCACUACCCCAUCCGUCCGCUCCAUACGCGAGCCAUCAGGGAGUCGUGCGACCAGCAGUGCCGCUGAACGCCAGGAGAACUAUGCGUCAUCACGCGAGAAUACGCAGUCACCUGUCAUGCCCCAUUCCUUUAGCGGGAUGUCAAUCGGCGCAGCUACCUCCGCCAGUGGACCGGGUGCAGCGUCAGCGACAACAGCACCCAGUACUGGACGCGGGCACGACGUGCCACGAAUGGUUUCGGUGGAUGCGACUUCCCUGCAUUCUGCCGAGCGACUGCAUAUUAAUCGCAUUCCGCCGCAUUCUUCCCAUAUUCCCAAAAUCUCCCCGACCAGUAGUCUGGCCGAUCUGAAAGCCACGUAUGGGUCUUCGGAAGGACCUGGGCCAGCAUCCUCUGUUGAUCAGCCACGGCAUGAGAUGAAGAAAUCAGAUUCCCUGGGACACAAAGUGCACGGCAUCGCCUCGGCCUUUCAGUUGGAGGACGAUAAAACGCAAGAUUUUGUGCUCAAUCCUCCAAAAGUCAAUAGAUGGACCAUAUUGCACUACUCACCAUUUAAAGCCGUAUGGGACUGGAUAAUUCUCCUCUUAGUGAUCUAUACAGCCAUUGUUACGCCCUAUGUGGCGGCCUUCUUGCUAAAUGAGGAAGAACGCCGAGCCAAACUCAACCAGAACCCCGAAACACGAGGAGAAGGUGCAGAAGAUUCCAGUAAUCGUUACGACGACCCUAUGACAAUAGUGGAUCUUAUAGUGGAUAUAAUGUUUAUUGUUGAUAUAUUAAUCAAUUUCCGCACAACAUACGUCAACACGAAUGAUGAAGUUGUCAGUGACCUGGGCAAGAUAUCGGUCCAUUAUUUCAAAGGCUGGUUCCUUAUUGACGUUGUGGCGGCUAUUCCAUUUGAUUUGCUCCUGUUCGGAUCGCAAAGUGAUGAGACAACGACGCUUAUUGGUCUACUGAAAACCGCUCGUCUGCUGCGAUUAGUGAGAGUGGCCAGAAAAUUAGACCGAUAUUCGGAGUAUGGUGCUGCGGUGCUCAUGCUACUUUUAGCAACGUUUUUGCUCAUAGCCCACUGGCUCUCAUGUAUAUGGUACGCGAUUGGAAACGUGGAGAAGGCCUACGUGAUGCAGUACGGCUGGCUAGAUCAGCUGGCGCAACAAACCAAACAGUACUACAAUGAAACCGAUAUCACUAGUGGACCAUCAUUAAAAUCCAAAUACAUAACAUCGCUAUACUUCAUCAUGAGUAGUCUGACGACGAUCGGUUUUGGAAAUAUCAGCGCAACAACCAAUUCUGAAAAGAUAUUUUCCAUCUGCGUCAUGAUGGUUGGCUCCCUUAUGUAUGCCAGUAUUUUUGGCAAUGUGUCGGCCAUUAUUCAACGACUUUAUUCGGGGACAGCGCGUUAUCACACACAGCUGGCGCAAGUUAAGGAGUUUAUUCGAUUCCAUCAAAUCCCAAAUCCCCUCCGGCAACGUCUGGAAGAAUACUUUCAGCAUGCUUGGUCCUAUACCAAUGGAAUUAAUAUGAACGAAGUAUUAAAAGGCUUUCCUGAAUGCUUGCAAGGAGAUAUUUGCCUUCAUCUGAAUCGUCAGUUAUUAGAAAAUAAUCCGGCCUUUAGAGAUGCUUCUCCUGGCUGCCUGCGUGCCUUAAGUGUGAGAUUUCACACAACACAUGUGCCUCCUGGCGAUACUCUUGUCCACCGCGGUGACGUCCUUAAUGCCUUGUAUUUUGUCUCGAGGGGCUCCUUGGAAGUCAUUAAGGAGGACAUAGUCGAAGCCAUACUUGGGAAAGACGAUGUGUUUGGUGAAAAUCCCUGCAUUUAUCCUACUAUUGGCAAAUCAUCGGCAACCGUUCGUGCCUUAAGUUACUGUGAUUUACAUAAGAUUUGGAGGGAUGAUAUUCUCGAUAUACUCGAAAGUUAUCCAGAAUUCCAUGACCAUUUGAGCAAGAAUCUGGAGCUGACCGUGUGCCUUCGCGAUGAGGAAUUAAGCGCUCAGGUAUCGCAAAUCCGUCUACCUCGCGGCCAGCGGCACGAAUCAUCCAGUGACGAAAACGAAGAUGAACUCGCCAAGGAGCCCUCUCGUCGACGGACCCGCCAGAUGCGACCACAGCACCGCGGACAAAGCACCAGUCAUCCUCAUCCGGACCGGGGUCAUGGUGACCUCCACGGACAUCGCUCCAGCAGCAUCUCUCCCGAAUCUCAUCUUUAUUCUCUGCGGCCUGAAGGUGCCGGCAAAGGUAUUUUGGAAUUUACGCCCUUUCUGGCUGGCCAGGACGUCACGCCGGCGAAUUUGGAUUUUGACCGUGCAUCACGGCGCAGCACUUUAGGCGAUAUGGUGACAGCAAUCAAGCGAAGCAUAACCGAUUUAGCCUUGAGCAAACCCCAACCAUCAUCCGAUACGACGGAACAAGUUCCCCUAUUACAUUCCGCGCAGACCAGCGGCAUUCCGCACACUUCCCGUGAGCAGCGCAUCAGUGUUGCCAGUGAAUCUCCCAGGACAUCCAAACGCCGUGCACCGCCGCUUGCCACCUUCCGCAGCCGCGCCAGUGUGGAGGAAGCCGGCACGGCGCUGUCCCAUGCUCAUGCAGCGGAUCCGCGCAUUGAUGAGCUUAUAACGCGCUUGGACCGCUUCGAAGAACAUACAGCUCGUCGUUUUGAGGAAUUAAAACAAAUACUGAUGGCUCGAUCUCACACUGAAGUGGCUGCCCAAACCGCAGCGCCCCUGGCCAAAUCGGACACAUUGAGCAGUCUGACCACGGCCGAAUUCUAUCGCUACAGUUCCCGCUCGACCACCGCCGGCAGCAGCACCAGCUCCCGUGCCUCUUCCGAUACGCCCACAAACGAAGGGUCCCGAGUGUAACUGACCGACUGUGCCGUUGCGGUGUGUGGCGGUAGCCGGAAUGCGUAGCAAUCUCAGAUUAUAUGUUUGCCGGCUGCAAACACUUUUCUCAACCGAUCCCGGGUAUUACUUACCACUUUUUCUCUUCUCUCACAGAAAUCUCUCUCAGGCACUUUCUACAUUGUUCUAGUCAAUAAACAGAGAGCUCUAAGCUAAGAUUUCCGUUCCUGCUAAAAACGGCAGCUUGUGAUGGUUUGUAAAACUAUAAUGUCCAAGAAGCUGCGUCUUUCUGUGGACCAAAGAUUUCAAGCAAUUAUUUGUGCCCCCGGUUACUGCUGCGUAAGUUAUAACGAGAAACCCAGCCAAAUGCUGAGCUCACCGCGUGUACAGUCUGAGCUCGUUUCUUUGUGAGGCAUGCACCGUUUGCACAUAUGUGUGUGUUUUAUCCAUAAUUACU